GAUGCACUGCAGCCUGGGCCCCUCUGAGCCCGUGCCCCGCACAGCUCCCGCCGCGGCGCGCCCCAUGUAGCUCCUUCCUGGCGCGGGCUGGGGGAGAGGGCUAGCUGCUCUGCCGCUGCUCCCCGGCCGCUGCUUGCUCGCCCGGCGGAGGGCUGCGCUGCGGGUAAGAUGAGCGAGCGGAGAAGGUCGGCAGUGGCCCUCAGCUCCCGAGCGCACGCCUUCUCGGUGGAAGCCUUGAUUGGGACGAAUAAAAAGAGGAAGCUGCGGGACUGGGAGGACAAGGGCCUGGACCUGUCCAUGGAAAGCCUCAGCCCCAGCGGCCAGCUGGGUGAAGAUGAAGACCCGACGCCGUGCCUGGAUCUCCACCCCGAUUCAGAGCAGAGUACUGGUUCAGAUACAGAAGUGCUGGCAGAGAGAACAUCCUGCUCAUUUGGCUCCCAUUCUGACCUCACUUCUGGUGGCUCAGGUCCCCAGCCACCUCCUCCUUCCUCCAUGGAGGAGAUCCAAGUAGAGCUGCAAUGUGCUGACCUUUGGAAGAGGUUCCAUGACAUUGGGACUGAGAUGAUCAUCACUAAAGCAGGCAGGAGAAUGUUUCCAGCCAUGAGAGUGAAAAUUACAGGCCUGGACCCUCAUCAGCAAUAUUACAUAGCCAUGGACAUUGUGCCUGUGGAUAACAAAAGAUACAGGUAUGUGUACCAUAGCUCCAAAUGGAUGGUGGCUGGCAAUGCUGACUCCCCAGUACCCCCACGGGUAUACAUCCAUCCUGACUCACUGGCUUCAGGAGAUACCUGGAUGAGGCAAGUGGUCAGUUUUGAUAAACUCAAACUGACCAACAACGAGCUUGAUGAUCAAGGCCACAUAAUACUACAUUCAAUGCACAAGUACCAGCCCCGAGUUCAUGUGAUCCGUAAGGAUUUUAGUAGUGAUCUGUCUCCUACAAAGCCAGUGCCUGCAGGUGAUGGAGUGAAAACUUUUAGCUUCCCUGAGACUGUCUUCACCACAGUGACAGCAUACCAAAAUCAACAGAUUACCAGAUUAAAAAUUGACCGAAACCCUUUUGCUAAAGGAUUCAGAGAUUCUGGGAGAAACAGAACUGGCCUGGAGGCCAUUAUGGAAACAUAUGCAUUCUGGAGGCCCCCUGUGCGCACCCUCACCUUUGAAGAUUUCACUACCAUGCAGAAACAGCAAGAGUCCAGGAUGAGAAGGCCCCAUAUAUUCAGUGCUGAAGCCUGUCUUGCACAGGUAACUGGGGAUGACAGAAACACAUCCACUGAUGAAAUCUUAUCCCAAGGCAGUGAGGAUGCUGACAUUGUUCCAGACAUGGGAGACUGUUCAGAGCAAGAAUACCAUGUAAAUAUGGAAGCUUCAUCCAGCUCAGAUGAGGAGGAGUUAGUGCCACAAGCAGAAGUGAUGCCAGCACUUCCAGUGGGAAAAGGAAGAGGACCAGCCCAGGGCCACAAUGGAAGACCGAGGAGAACUGCAACAGGAUGUGGAGUAGAACCACUGCCACCACCCGCAGAAAAAUUGUAGAUGAUGACACAUUUAAAGGAAGGAAUGACAGAGUGUGGGGAAAAUGUCCACAGCUAAUACAUCAUCAGAGAACAGCCAAGGACAUAGCGCAUGAAAGUGCUGGGCCAACAAGAAAAAGUAAUAAAGGCACAGUGGUGGAAACAUUCCACCUGUUUCUUUCACAAGAUAUCCUGACUGCUAUCAUAAAAGAAACAAACAGAGGGGCAGAAAGAAGAUUCAGGGAGUAGAAUGAUAGCCAUCCAAAAAUAGAAAGGAGUGUAAAAAGCUGGAUGAAACAGAACUGAAAGCCUACAUUAGCCUCCUACUGCUGAGUGGUCUAUACCAUAGUGGUCACAAGGCACUGGAGGAGUUGUGGGAGCAAUGCGCUGGGUGUCCUUGCUUCUGUGCCACCAUGAAUUGAAAACGAUUCCAUCAAAUCACCAACUACCUGAGAUUUGACAACAAACUGACAUGUGAGGAAAUGAGAGCCGUGGACAAACUUGCUGCCUUCAGAGAUAUUUGGACACAAUUUGUGGAGCAGCUCAAGAAAUGGUAUAUUCCAGAAAUAUAUCUGAUGGUUGAUGAGCAGCUCAUUGCAUUCAGGGGUCACUGUCCCUUCAGAGAAUAUAUGCUCAGCAAGCCUGCCAGAUAUGACUUGAAAAUUUGGUGGUGCUGUGAUGCAGCAACAUCAUUCUCUGUGUCUGGAGACAUCUACAUGGGCAAACAACCAGAAGCUCCAUGCCAAGUGUGAUGACUGUAGGUGUUGUAGGACUUGCUGCCACUGCCCUGAGCUUGUUUUCCUACAGACAGUGACACGGUGACCUCGGCUUCAGAUUACCUGGUCUGCCAAUAAGUUGGUCUUAUGUUUCUCACCUGCCAUGACUUUGAUGAUAUUAUAUUGCUAAAAGGCAAUGCCCAAGGUGAUCCUACCUGGUCUCAAUCCCUGUUUUUUUUCUGUGGAGCUCCAAACCUCCCCUUUAUCACACCCUAGCUUCUCCAGAUGGCACUCAUUCUCUGAAGCCCAGAUCUUAAUGCUGCCUGUUGGUCUAUUGUUCCACCCUCAGCCAUGAGGGUGACCAUUGGUUAUAGUUAGGCACACACCCUUCCAGGGCUGGCCUUGGCCUGCACUCAAAUAUCCAAAAAAAAAAAAAAGAAAGCAAAACCUGACUGCUCUCAGUCUCUUUGCCAGACUCAGUCCAUGUCCCCUUCACCUGGGGUCAGGCUCUCAUGUCCAAAUCACAACAAAAAAAAAUCAGUUAAUCCACUCACUGCUCUGCACAGGCCUGCCCCAGCUUACUCGUGAGCAUUCACAGUCCCAAUGGGAUCUCUCCCACGUGCAGCAAGGCUCUAACCUGAAAACGGCAAUUCUUCUGGCCUCUCUCCUGGAUCCUUAGCUGUCACUCUGCUCCAGGGAUUCCCAGAAGCCUUGUGUAUGCAGGCCUCCGCCUGCCUCCUUCUCUGGGUUACACCUGCAGUGUUUCUCCAGCAGGUUUGUCAACAUUUGCCUGCCGGGACUCUCAGUGCUCCUCUCUCUGUGGCUCACGGGGAAUCGACACCACUCUGCCCCUCUCUGGGGUGGAAAUACUUCUGAGCAGCCUCCCUCCUCCAAUCCAGACUGCAAUGCUGCUCCAGAAAUCUGGUGAUUGCUUCUCUUCCCUUCCAGUCUCCAGCUGCAGCCCCACUGGCCCCCCCCCCAUGCUGUAAGUGUUGCUUGCUUUCACUUUCCCUGUCUGUUGCUGCAGGCUGCUUUUCUUCUGACCUCCCAUGCCCAGCAUGUAAGACACCUUGGGGCUUUUGUUUACUCUCUCUCUCCUUCACACCAAGGUAAUUUUUGUACCUACGUCAUUGAAAAACUGGUUCAUCCCUGGUACAAGAUGAAAUAUUGUACUUGUAUUUCUUUACAAGUACUGACCUGGCAGAAAGACUGCUACAGGAAGACAUGUCCUCUGUGAGUACGAUUUGGAAAAUUAAGGCCAAUAUCCCAAACAAUAUGCAAGCAAAUUGAAGAAGGGAACGUUUUAAAUCCAUUUUUGCUUUUGAUAGGGAACUCACCCUAUUUUCCUAUGUUUCAAAGAAGUCCAAAGUUGUGCUGUUGCUGUCUAGCAUGCACCAUCACCUGUCAGUGGGUGAAGAGCAAGAAAGCUGGACAUCAUCCAUGACUACAAUAAAAACAAGGGUGGGGUGGAUAACCUUGACCACUUAGUUCGUAUGACCACCUGCAGGUGGCCAAUGACACUAUUUUAAAAUAUGCUGGAUCUGGCUGCCAUUGCCAGUUUCAUCAUUUGGCUAGGCCACAACGCAAACUGAAAGCAAACAUUACAUUUAAGAAGACUAAGCUAUUUUUUCCAGGAGAUUGGAGAAGAGUUGAAAACAUAGAAUGAGGGAUACACGUAAUCUGUUUAAAUCUGUCAAGUCUGGUAUGACUGCCGUAAAUUACAAAUUGCAACAACACACCCCAGUAGAACCUUCUACAAGCAUGAGUAGAGAUUGCGCUUUUUGUCCAAGGACAGAUGACCACAAAACCCAGAAAUUAUGUGAAGAUUGUAAAUGAUUUACUUGUGUGCAUCACAGUAUAUUACUGCUACUUUGUGAGGAAUGCAAUAUUUAGUUAAAACAGUAAGGAAAUGUUUUUGGAAGUAAUUGCUAGUUUUAAAACAGUGUGAACUGCAGACGUAGUAAAUUGUUCGUUCAUGUUUUGAAACACUAAAAAAAGUUUAAAUUUUGUUCAGAGUUCUAGAUAAAUAAUAUUUUUGGUUCAAAUGAUCAUAAAUACUCUUUCAAUCAAUCUGUAUGUUUAAUAAAUAAUUUUUGGUACAUUUA